CGAACCGGAAGCGGAAGUUCGGGUUCCUGCGGAAAGAUGGCGGCGCUAGUGGCGGAUUACAGCUCGUCGGAGAGUGAAGGGGAGACGGAGACCGAAGACGGAGUGGCUAGUCUCAGGAACCAGAGCUCUGAGGCCGGCGUACAGGGGCCACAGGCAGCAGAAUCCAGGAAUGAGGAGCAGUGUGGCGAAGGGCCCCAGGCAGAUGAGGGGACCUCGACCCCCCUCAAGCUUCCGCCGCCAGAGCUGGAGGGAGGGCUAGGCCAGGCACCUGGAGUCUUUACCAACCCCUUUGCCCAGGAGCAGCGCCAGCGCUUGAGUCUGCUGCAGAAGCACGUAAGGCUGACAGCAGGGGUGCGUACAGAGGAAGCCGGCGGUGGCAGCAAGAUCUGCCUGGCCUAUCGCAAGGACGGCCGCUGCCGCUAUGGUAGCAACUGCAGGUUUGCCCACGACAGCGACUUGCCAGACUACCGGCCUGGCUCAGCAAGCACUUACCUCCAGGAGAACAGCGAAGAGCCUCUGAGCAAAAGUGGCAAGAGGAGGCCGGGCUUGAGUCACACUCUUGUCCCCCCUAAGAGGAGCAUGAAGAAUUACUGGGUCCAACGAGCCAAGGAGGGCCCUGGCCUCCUGUAGUCAGCUCAGCCACAGAACAACUGAGCUUGUGGGACAGGCCUACCGUCAAGAGGCCCAGCCAACUAUAACAGGAUUAGCAGCAGAGAAGAUCCGAGCUUGAAGAACAUGGCCAGGAACAGGCUUUCCACCAGGGACACAGCCUUCCGCAACAUAGCCAGUACCAGUAGGGGCCUGUCCAACUGGAUCAAAGGCCCAGUGAGAGCCGAAGCCCAGCAGGCAGGAAGGGCUGAGGUUACUGAAACCAUCCCAACAAUAGGAGACAACGGGUGAGGUUGAUCACAGGAAUUAACGAUUGCCAUGGAGAGCAUGGAGCAGGAGGGACCUGACCCGACCUCUCAACCAAGACUGAUUCGGUCUCUCUGUCCACGUUUGGUCUUCUCCCUCAUUACUGGGGCUGGGGUGUGGAGUUAGAGCUCCACAUAUGUUUCAUGUGAAUCUAGAAUUGUUGCAUGGGCAGGACCCAUGUUGGACCUCAUGGUUCACAGAGGGCUGUGGUUUCCGUCCUCCAAGCCCUGGGGGAAACUGAGGAUCAGGAUUCAGAGAGACCAGAGGUAACACCCUGUCACUUAUAGGGUGCUUCAGCCAAGUUCUCCCUGCUGCGGGCACAAGGCUGUUCAGGUUGGGACAAACUGCUGCACCUUCACAGCUCGGCUGGUUGGCAAUGAAGGUGUAAUGCUUCUUACCUUGUCCAACCCAGGAGAGCACCAUAGUUGCUCAUUUCACAUUAAUCUGUUUGAAAUUUCUCCUCCACUGUAAAGGCCUUUAUCCUUGUACAAUUUACUUAUUUAUCAUUUUGUGACUGAAUAAAAUGAUUUGAUUAAUUCUAC